AUGACAAACUGCAAAGGCAAGAAAAAGUCCAAGCCACCAGAGCCCAAGAAGAGAUCUAAACCAUUCACACCCUCGUAUAUCACCAUUUUAGUUGCAAUAAUAAGAGAGAUCAUUACAGGAGUGGACAUGUCAACCCUUCAAGCUUCAACCGUUUUGUGUGCUACUGGUUCUAUUUCCUCCCGGUGUCAAAGACGAAACAGUACUGUAGCCGCUAUCAAUCUUCCGAGACUCCGGACAAGCACUCUCUCCCUGCCAAACCUCCCAACUAGAGGUUUGGUGAAGGAACUAGAGUUGAGAAAUGGCAAUUACCCUACAACAACCACCACUUUCAUUGAAAAACACUUCAAUUCACCUAAGAUUAGGCCUGAAACCAAUGAUUCUGAUCCCAUGAUGAUUACAAAGCUAUAUACUAUAAUGGAGGCUGUUGCGGAUAGAGUGGAGAUGCACAAGAAUAUUGGAGAGCAGAGAAACAAUUGGAACAGCCUGCUUUUAACAUCCAUCAAUGCAAUCACUCUUGCUGCUGCAACAAUGACUGGAAUUGCAGUGACGAGUGCUAACGGUGCUCCUAUGAUGGCGGUGAAGACCGCUUCUACUCUAAUGUAUUUGUCGGCAACAGGGAUGUUGUUGCUUAUGAAUAAAAUUCAACCAUCCCAACUUGUUGAAGAACAACGAAACGCUGCAAGGUUGUUCAAGCAGCUUCUUGGACAGUUUCAAACACUUAUUUCAGUUGGUAGUCCUACUAUGGCUGAUGUGAAGGAAGCAAUGGAGAAAGUUUUGGUUCUUGACAGGGCCUAUCCUCUUCCUCUACUUGGUACGAUGCUCGACAAAUUCCCAUCUACAGUGGAACCAGCAGGAUGGUGGCCUAAACAACAACGACGAAAAAUGAAAGAGAAUAAUGGGAAAAUGGAUUGGAAUGGUUGGAAUGGAAAGUUGGAAGAGGAAAUGAGAGAGAUAGUUGGGAUUAUGGAGAGGAAAGAUAAAGCAGACUACUUGAGAUUGAGCGAAAAAGCAGUGAAACUUAACAAAGCAUUGGCUAUAACUGGUCCUUUACUAACAGGUCUAGCAGCUGUUGGGUCUGCAUUUGCAGGAUCAUCUCCUCAUGGUUCUUGGGCUGCGGUACUUGGUGUCGUUGGUGGUGCUUUGGCAAGCAUAGUGAACACAGUCGAGCAUGGCGGGCAAGUUGGGAUGCUGUUUGAGAUGUACAGGAGCAAUGCUGGUUUCUUUAGAUUCAUGGAGGAGUCCAUAGAAUCAAAUUUGAAUGAAAGUGAUGUGGGAAGGAGAGAGAAUGGGGAAUUGUUUGAAAUGAAGAUAGCUUUGCAACUUGGAAGGAGUCUCUCAGAGCUAAGGGAUCUUGCAGCUUCAUCAUCAAUAAAGGGGGAGGCCCAUGAAGAAUUUGCUAGCAAGCUUUUCUGA